AUGACAAAGUCCUGGGACACAUACAGGAGCAUCAUCGUCGAUCUCUAUGCAGAUCGUACGCUGGCCGAGGUCAGGCAGAUCAUGCAGCGGGACUAUGGCUUUGAUGCUUCCACACGGGCGUAUCGGGGCAGGCUGAUCCGAUGGGGCGUCCGCAAGUACAACACGCGGCGGGCGGACGGCUCCGUGAGUGGCGAUGAGGACGGCGACGGGGCCUCGAGCUUGUCGGAUGCCGACUCCCCUCUGUCGGCACGGCAGCAUCGGGGGCGAGAGCAUGGGUUCCAUAGCCCUACGCAGCAACAACAGCAGCAGCAGCAGCAGCAGUAUCACCACCGUAGUCAGAGCGAUAGCCAUGCUCGUGAUAGGGAUGGCUUCCAGAACAGCACCCUUUACAGCAACCACAGCCCAUUGUACAGCUCGGGUUACAAUGAUGAUGAUGACAUACAACCACCUUAUCUGUACACCAGCGGAUAUCCACAAGUCUCGCGAAGCUCGCCAGCAGAAGGCUACAGUAUCUGGUCGGCCCCGGAUGACAGCCCGUUUUCGCCCGACCAUAGUCAGGCACCAGGCCAGGUGUCCUACUCGGCUCCUUACUACAGCAGCCACGGUUCGCCGGAUUACUCGUCCUACGACAGCGGUUUCUACGCCUCGCCGCACUCUGCCGGGCCAGCUGGCUACGACACCACGGCGUUUCCCAGCUUUGGAAGCGUAGACGAUGGUCACGGCAGCGACUACAGCCCACAGCACUACCGGCAGCCAAGCGAAGGCAACAUGAGCCACCAGCCACAGUACGCAGCAUAUCCUGCCAGUGCUAGGCACCAUGGACAGCCUACAGAAAGCUCACGGCGUGGGCACCGAGACCGCGGUCGAGGCUGA